AUGAAUCAGUGGCACGAUCAUAUCAUGAGGCCUGGAAACACGACAUGGAACUCGUAUUGCACGUUCCUGGCUCAGCAGCCCUCACGUCGGGCGAGUCGCCAGCAAGCGAAUUUUGGAAUUACAACCGCUGAACAGAAAAUUGCUCAACCUGUGACGCAUUUUGCUUUCUGGCUAAUUCAGUGGGCGCCUGUCCUUCCCGAAGUCAGCACCAAUGACUUUAUGGUCUAUCUGCUGAGAGGGGUCCUCCCUGAUAUUCGUAGUCGCGCGCAAAAAACAUACACGCAGUUUUCGGAUUAUACUUUGUUUACUGCGUAUCUGCAGGAAGUUGAAAACUCAAUCCCGUCCCGAGCGAAAGUCCUCGGACGACGGAAGAAUAGUACCGCCUAA